UAACGUUACCCGGAAGUAUACGUGUUUAUACAAUCAUGUGUAGUAAUGGUUAGUUAAUGACCGAGACCCGCUGGCGUACACAGUGAAAAACAUUCCCACAUCACAAAUCAGCGAUCCACCAUGGACAUCUCACAGUUCGUCCAGAUUCUAUGGCUCUUUCCUGUUUUAUACUUAUUUGAUUCGACAAGUGUAGCUGCUGGUGACGAAACAGACACUGAUUUCGACUGGGAUGUUGAUUUUGACAGCUUUUUAGAAUCUAUUGACUCAAUGGCUGACAUGGUAACGGAUUAUGUCGGAGAUGAAACCGGUUGUCACUACCGCUGUAAAAAUGGGGCGACACCAAAGAAAAACAAGAAACACAAGCCAAGAACAAACGGAUGUGGUUCCUUCGGUCUUGAGCUGGACACAAGCGCCAUACCCGCGGUGACGAAGUGUUGCGACCAACACGACUACUGCUACGACACGUGUAACAGCGACAAGGUCAAGUGUGACGACGACUUCAAGGACUGUCUCAAUCUCGUCUGUGAUAAGUUGGGGGGAAUAGCGAGCGAAGAUCUCACCGGAGGUUGUCGGUCCACGGCCGAUCUCAUGUACGCCAGCACACUGACGUUAGGAUGCAAGCCAUACAAAGACUCACAGAAAGACGCCUGUGUUUGUCAACACGAUGAGUUGUGAGGACAACAGCACAGCAUGGUGGUGGAAUGGCAUUUUAGGGGAAUAGUAUGGUGACGGAAGUGUGGUUUUGUAUGUAUGUAUGUAUGUAUGUACCUGUGUGUGUGUGUGUGUGUGUGUGUGUGUGUGCGUGUGCGCGCUUUAGAUGUUUGAAGGGAAGAAGACGAUCGACAUAUGUAUUCAUGACAACUGUUUCUGAGACAUCGAACAUGUGACUGUGGCGUCGAUGGUAUGGUUUCCAAUCCUUGCCUGGAAGGAUGAUUGUGCAAACCAUUUAAGCAAAGAAAGUAACACAGCAGCAGAACGCAAACUUCUGAUGAAAACCUCGUUGUCAUAACAGUAAACAUAUGAGGCUGUGAUUGUUGUGUCCCAUAUGAAAAUAACUUUGCCAAGAGCCCCCGCCAUGUACACGAGGAGCCUCUGUAUGGUGGAAAAUGUAUAAAUGUAAAGAAGAUUAAGCGAACUUGUACUUGAUGUGUGAUGACGAUGUUGCGGCAGUUUAGGCUGCACAGUAUCUCAUGAUUCUUGUUUUCAUUUGUGCAUAUCUAUAUUCCCGGGCAACAUUUUUCGCAUUAGUCCCCACUCGCCACUUUCCGUAACCUGCAAGAAGACUUGUCCCGGAAUAACACAAGUUGGUCACGAAUGCAUUUUUCGUUCUUUUUCAUCAUUUGCGUAAAAUAGAUGUUCAUGCACACAUGAUAUUGUUCUGAUACCGCCCUGUUCACAAACCCUCUGUUCUAAUUGGUUGGUUACUCCUGCGCCCUAAAGUUGCGCAUUUGUAUCCUUAUUCAGUGGCUUAUCUGUUCGUGAAAAGGGAUGUGGAUUAUUGCUGAGCCACAUAUUUAUUUAUUGCAUGCAUAAUAGUAAUAAUAUAAACAGACUCUGUCAGAAAAGGAACAAUUUUUAUAUUUGUUGAAGUUGUCGACAAAUAAAAUCAACAAUCUUGAUUUAAAAAUAGGUAUUGUAUAUUUCAAAGUGUUUAUUAUUGACAAAACUGGUACGUGACUUGAUGCGCGUCAGAACUGCAACCAAAUAUUCUCAUCUUAGCCAUGGGUGACUGUUCGUGUCAUUACCAUAAUGAUUUUACCAAUUUCAUUUGUGGUCGCGCGACAGUGAUUAUCUCUUUCAGGGAUCAUAGUUUAACUUCCUCCCUUUGGGUACAGUGGAGAUACACUGGUUAAUUGAAGGUCACACAAGUUUCACUUUACGUAAAAGUGCAAGGCAAAUGCCGAUGGAUCCCAACAAACGUCGAGACAUCCACUUUCAAAGUGAACAUGUAAAAGAUGGCUUUUGUAUAACGCACCGUUUCCAUCUGACUUUGAUGUAACAAACUCUUUCUUGUCGAGACGGCUGAUAUGAUACAUUUUAUCUGGAGGGUCAAGAAGACAUACCCCCACUUAUAUGUCAACAAGAAUUGUGUGAGCUGGGGUAUUUUUCUUGACUACAAUAGCAAAUUUGCAAGAGACGGGUAUAAGAUAUUUUUGUUUGAUAUUUAAAGUAAUAAGAAUACUGACCUUACGGGAAGAACGGUACAAAGGAUCUGCUGUGGCUCAGUAGUGAGUGAGUAUGGUUUUACGCCGCUCUUAGCAAUAUUCCAGCAAGAUCAUGGCGGGGGACACCAGAAAUGGGCUUCAAACAUUGUACCUAUGUGGGGAAUCGAACCCGGGUUUUCGGCGUGACAAGCGAACGCUUUAACCACUAGGCUACCCGACCGCCCCUGUGUGGCUCAGUUAGCUCAUUAACUAUAUUGUGAGUGAGUGAGUAUGGUUUGCGCCGCUUAAGCAAUUUUCCAGCAAUAUCACGGCGGGGGCUUCACACAUCGUACUCAUGUCGGGAAUCGAAUCCGGACUGUGGUCUCAUGAAUAUAUUUGAUAUUAAGGAAAUUAUGAAACGUUUUGUAUCGUUGAAUGACGUUAAAUGUUUUUACUGAGUAUCACACAGUAAUAUCAAAUGAAAUAGCUGUCGUAUAAGUGGGCAGGGGUCUCAUGAAUAUAUUUGAUAUUAAGGGAAUUAUGAAACGUUUUGUAUCGUUGAAUGACGUUAAAUGUUUUUAAUGAGUAUCACACAGAAAUAUCAAAUGAAAUGGCUGUCGUAUAAGUGGGCAGGGGUCUCAUGAAUAUAUUUGAUAGUAAGGGAAUUAUGACAUAUUUUGUAUCAUUGAAAGACGUUAACUGUUUUUACUGUGUUUUUAUAUCAAAUGAAAUGGCUGUCGUGUAUUUUUGUUUAUCUUAUUUGUAAUAAAUUUGUUUUUUUAACAGAA